AUGAAUGCAUUUAGAACUUUGGCAACAAUUGUAGGAGGAAGUCUAAAAAACAAUGCUACUAUUGAGUGUGAUGAUCAUGGUGCUGAGUUCUUCAAAGUCGAAAUCAACUCUUCCAUGGAUAAAGCUAUUAACCACCCCGAUUUGACAUUCCUUCAAGGUUUAUCUUGUAGAGAUUCGUCGUCAUCAACAUUUGGUCCCUUAACUCUUGCACAAUUAAGCCAUUUCGAGUGUGGAGAAGUCGCUCUUAGUUUUUGCAUGUUGCACAAGGUGGGAGACGCGUGUAGCGCAUACUACUUCUUGAGGGAUUGGGCUAGGUUAACUCGAGAUCCAAAAUCAACAUUAUCUCCUCCAUACUUUGCUAUGGAUUCACUAAUGCCAUCACCAUUUGAUGGUCCUAUGGUUUCCCCUGUUGUCGAGCCAAAAAUGGAAGGAUGUAUCCAUCAGAGGUUCAUUUUCUCUGAAUCCAAGAUAAACGCGCUUAAAGUCUUGGUUGUUGCAGAAUCCUGUUGGUUAAGUGGGAGAAUAGAGAAACUGCCUCAUCUGUUUCCAAAUUCCAUCACAAUGAUGGUUCUGAGUUUCUCAGGACUGACAGAAGAUCCGAUGCCUAUUUUGGAAAUGUUGCCAAACCUGAGGAAUCUUGAUUUGUUUAGAGCUUAUGAAGGAAAAGAAAUAAUCAGUGAUAACAACUUCAGUCAACUAGAGUUCCUCCAUCUUACUGAACUUGAGAAGCUAAAAAGAUGGCUUUUAGGCACAAAUGUCAUGCCUCUGAUUAAAGGUCUUGGUAUCCAUAACUGUCCAAAUUUAAAGGAGAUUCCUCAGAGAAUGAAAGACGUGGAGCUGUUGAAGAGGAAUUAUAAUAAGUGGUGA